CCUAUCGCGCCGUGCGUGUGUGUGCGUGUGUGUGUGUGUGUGCGCCAAGUACCGCCAGUAGUAGUAGUCUGCCGGGGCCGACCGUGCCGCAAAGUAGUUGUCAAAAUGGCGGCGUGCGAGGGCUCCGCGAGCGCGAAUCCGAAUUGCGAGGUGGUGCGCGGGCAAACGUUCGAGGUCGGGCCGCGCUACACGAAUCUGUCAUACAUGGGCGAAGGCGCCUACGGCAUGGUCGUGUCCGCCUACGACAACCUUACCAAAACGAAAGUAGCUAUUAAAAAAAUUUCUCCGUUCGAACAUCAAACAUAUAGUCAGAGGACCUUAAGGGAAAUAAAAAUUCUCACGAGGUUUAAACACGAGAACAUAAUAGAUAUAAGGGAUAUAUUAAGGGCACCGAAUAUGGAGCAAAUGAAAGACGUGUAUAUCGUACAAUGUCUCAUGGAAACCGAUCUCUAUAAAUUACUGAAGACGCAAGCUAUUAGUAACGAUCACAUAUGUUAUUUUCUGUACCAAAUAUUGCGGGGACUGAAGUAUAUACACUCGGCGAACGUGUUACACAGAGACCUGAAGCCGAGCAAUCUGCUGUUGAAUACCACCUGUGACCUUAAGAUCUGCGACUUCGGUCUGGCGAGAGUCGCAGACCCGGAGCAUAAUCACGCGGGUUUCCUUACGGAAUAUGUGGCCACGAGGUGGUACAGAGCUCCGGAAAUCAUGCUUAAUUCCAAGGGCUAUACCAAAUCCAUAGAUAUAUGGUCGGUAGGAUGCAUUCUGGCGGAAAUGCUUUCGAGACGAGCGAUAUUUCCUGGCAAGCACUACCUGGAUCAGUUGAAUCAUAUUCUCGGCGUUCUCGGGUCGCCGUCGCCGGAAGAUCUCGAAUGCAUUAUAAAUGAAAAGGCACGGAAUUAUCUCCAGUCGUUACCGUAUAAGCCAAAGGUACCGUGGACGAGUCUCUUCCCUAAUGCCGAUCCGAGAGCUUUGGAUCUCUUGGACAAAAUGCUAACGUUCAAUCCCAACAAACGCAUUGUAGUGGAAGACGCGUUGGCGCAUCCUUAUUUGGAGCAAUAUUACGAUCCUGCCGAUGAGCCUGUGGCAGAGGAGCCAUUUAAAUUUGACAUGGAGUUGGAUGAUCUUCCAAAAGAAGUAUUAAAACAAUAUAUUUUCGAAGAGACUCUAUUGUUCCAAAAAAAUCAUCAAGAAAACGCUAUGUAGUCUACUGGUAAUUGUUAAACUCAUCUUGUGUCAUAUCGUCGGUUUCCUGAUCCGCUGAUAUCCGCGACAAUCGAAUGCUGCUUUCCUUUCUUUUCGUCGAGCAUGCUGUUGCCAGAGACGCAAUAGCGAUUACGCGUGAUGAACUGAAAAAAAAGAAUAGCAUGGAAUGGAAAAUGAACAAUAGAGCGGAAUUGGUAUGAAGAAAGCGUACUUUUAACAAUCAUCGCCUCCUUCAUCACCGCUCGAAUUACUGACGAAAGAUUUAGUUCAGCGAUCAACGAACGAUUAAUCGAGCUGAUUAGUCGGGUGAGUGAAAUAGUCUCAAUGUCCGCGCAUACGCUUGUACAUUCGCAUGUCCUUUACUCGGAGAACGAAAAUAUAGUGUUUCUUAUGUUAUACCGGACAUAGCAUAAUCAAUUGGUACAACAUGUAUUUUUAAUUUAUCAUCGUCGUACUGUACCGUACCAUACCGUACGUCUGUCUGUGAUUUAAUUGCGAGCGUCAUGACGAGAUGUAACAACGUGACGUAUUUUGUCUUCAUUUCGUCCUCUCUCGAAUUAUUUCUUUUACCUCUCCUUCCCCGAAAGUGAAAUGAUUGAGAUUACAACGCGUAAAUUAUGUACGGCGUAACUAGGGCAAUACACAUUCGGCUUAUCGUACCUCUGAUAUAUUUCCGGUAUCGGAAAUAUCAUAGAUAUCGGAGAUAUCGGAGCACCCUAAACAUUCACUCUGCGAGAUUCGAAUGCUUUUAUAGGCGCAUUCGUAUUAAUUCAUUUCGUAUGUUUUUUGUCUCAUGUGUGUACGUAUGACUGUGUCCGUACGUACGUACGUACGUAUGUGCGUGUGUGUGUGUGUGUGUGUGUGUGUGUGUGUGUGUGUGUGUGGGUGUGUGGCAGAAUUUCUUUUCGUAUUUAAUCCGUUUACGAUAAUCGACCGUUAUAGCGAAUAUGCGGCGUGCAAACGCGCCAUGAUCGGCGCGUUCACAAGUAUAAUAGUAUAUAAUUUAUGUUAAAAAAGAGAAUCGUGAUCUUCUUUCGAAGCGUGUGAUAGUAACGACGGUGCCCGGAGUCAUACGAGUUAAAGUGACAAUUCGAGUAAUAUGUACAAGAAGGUCCCGAGUUAGUGUUUCGGAGAUUUUACAAAUGUUACAAGAUCGUAUAAACCUCAUUGCUCAUAGAGCUUUCCGAAAUCGAUAUCGCAAUCCAAAAAUAAAAAAAUUUGUCUAUGAUAAAGUCAAUUUGAAUCGCUAGAAAUCGAAUUCACCAACUGAUAUCGAUAGCUCCAUAUUCGGCCUUACUGUGAAUAUAUAGAGAAUUUUUUCUCAAUCCCGUUCUCAAGAAAACUAGGUUGUGAGAGAUGAUACCGAAAAAUUGAGAAAGACAACAAGGCGAAACAAAAAAACUAAAGCAGGGACAAAGUAUUUACUUCCUCUAUUAACUGUUACCAACCUUCACGUUCUUCGAUACAUCUAAUAAAUUAAUAAUUAAAGAAAAAUUCGUUCGUAAGAUUCUUAUCUAGAUCUAAGGAUGCAUUUCUAGUGAUUACAGAUUCUCGUUGAAGACGAUUCGCGUUGAUGCUUCUCGCUUUCUUUUUAAAGAUGCGAGGGACACAACAGCGAGUAACAUUCUGUCGUUAUCAUAACAUCAUGAUUUCAAUCUUCGUCGAUUUAAUACAUAUUUAUCUUUCUUCAAUGUUUAUCCAUUGUAGCACAUUUGUUUGGCAAAUUGUCGUGGACAAAAGAGUUAAGGAAUCUUUCGCGGUUUACAGUUUUUCUCGCGCGCUACAAGCCUUGAUUGCAAAACGCACAGAGCGCACAGUAAAAUUAGGUGGCAAAGCAGUUUAAUUACCUCACGACGUAGGCAUAAUUUCUUCCAAAAUGAAAUCAGUGAUGAUGAAAAUCCUUUGUAACGACAGUUUCUAAAAAUUAGGCCAUGCCGUGUUAGAUGAUUCCCGGGGAUCCGAUUCGAAUGCUUUUAGUUAUACAUGUAAUUUAAAAUAAAUGUACAUCUUUCUUCCUGCGAUCCAGUCAAGUGGAUCGCUGUCUUAGCUGUUAUGAGUAUUCUGUAUGCGAGUACAAAGAACUACUUCGAAUAGAUACAUUCAAUAGAUAUUGUGCUUCUAUGUCUUACACGAUUCUCUUCUCGCAGACAGAGUUAAAUUUAAAUUAAAUUUAAGCUAAAUUUAAAUUGAACUAUAAUGAAUCUUGCAACAAAGAUUUCUGGAAUCUUUUCUCACGUUAAUAAUGUAUUGUGGAUGUGAUAUAUCUCUUUACGGACUCGACGGAGAACCGUUGUACCGGUUUACGAGAAUUUAAUAUUAAGCUAUUUUCUUCGUGUAAAAAUCGUUGAAUCGCGCUGGCUCCGAAUGACGGAGUCUUUUACGACCUUAUGUCACUACUGCAGGGUUAAAUAAGAUGUGUUACGUCAACGGAUGGCCCGUAUAUCGAGUCCCUUUGAAGAUUUGCUCUCAUCCGAGGCCUUUAUACAGUUCUUACAUACCGUAGAUCACGAGCAAACGAUAGUAAUAAAAUCGUGCGCUCAGCGAAAUUGUAAGCCGACGAGAAAUAUCGAAACUCUCGCUGUCAAUGACAAUUGGAUACGUAGUACAUACACAGAUUGUGAUACAAAUGCGGUAAAAACAAGUGUUUGGGGAAAGUGCUGACAAUGAGAUGUUAGCGAACGUAGAACGUUGCGCGUAAUAUAUCGAUGAAGCAUUGUCGAUAUCAUCAGGCCUAAUAUACUUAACGUUAUGUAUGUGUACUUGUUGUUGUUGCCGAUUCUUAUAUAUCCGGACGUUCACGGAAAAUUUUCGUCUGUCGAUUUUCGAUGUUAAUUGACGCGACGACUGUACCAUUGAACUUGUAAAAAAAAGAAAAAAGAGUAGCAGCGGAGCGUGAUAGUGGAGCUCUCUACGUUGCCGUUUUCUCGAGAAGUAGAACGACAGUUGUUAGUCUUCGAGUGACGUUGACUAAAUCAUUAGCAUUUUUACGUAGAGUAGAAGAGGAAAAAGAGGAGGAAAAAAAGCCUUUGAAGAGAAAGGGCCGUACAACCGCCUCUUUUAACAACGGGCAAGAUCGGCGUUUUUCACCUGUGCGCGCAGCAAACAUAUGCAGACGUUGUGACGGGAAGGAUCCCACUGCGGGAGGACGUAUUUAUAUCAUCAUCGAAACCAUUUGGGACGCAAAAAUCUGUAGAGCUGCGAUUCGAUUGAGUGGCCCUUUUAGCUUUUCGAUUAAACAUACAGGCCGGCACUUUGUCUUCCCCGAGAUUGUUUCUGUUCCUCGGUUUUUUCCAGCAGCUCCGAUCCCGCGCGAUUACAUUGAUCGUCCAAUCCCAAUAUCGUGAAAGAUAUCGUCUUGUCCGUUUCAAUUGUGUCGCUGUGAACCAUUGAAAAUAGUUUUUUGUCGCCAAAGCUGCAUUCAUAGCGUUUAAAAUAACUGUAAAUAAUAAUAUUAUUAAUAGCGAUUUAUUGUUAUAAUUAGUAGCGUAUUAUAUUAUUAAUAUAAUGCGCGUUAAAAUGCUUUUAAUCACGGAUUAUUCUGUUACAUUAGAAAAUCGAUCGCGUUAAUCGGAUUUGCUUCUCAACUAAAUUUGCACUGCGAUUUUCGUGAAAAUUUCAUUAAAAAUAAUACAAUGCUGACAAAGAUGAGUACAAUAAAUGAAAUAACUAGAUAUCAUGCGAGCGAAAAGAUAAUCAAAUAAUAUAUGUGACUAAAAUCAAAUAAAGUAUAAAAAUAAUUAAAAUAUUUUUCAAUGCAUUGCUUAUUGGAUAAAUAUAAAAUAAAUAAAGAGUACUGCUAAAAGAAUGCAGUAUAAGACUAAACAGCCUCUAAAGCGGUAAAUAGUUUCAAUAUUUAUCGUCACGUACAAUCACUUCGAUUUGGAUAAGAGUUAUUUUUACGAAAUUAUAACAUCUUGUGGGAAAAACUAUAAAUGAAAACCUAUGAAUGUAGCUGAGCAGCUAUUUGAGAAAUAAAUGUACUUACUGUGUUCUCUUUA